AUGUACUGCGAGACCGCUCACUUUGCGGAUAUCCACUGGCACAACUUCAUCGCUUUCGCAAACCUUUCCGACGACCCAUACGACCCCGACGACCUCCCGUGGCCUUAUCCCAUUGUCGGAAUUCUAGAGAAGGUCGGUUUCCAUAUCAGCAAGAAAGGGUCACGAUGCAGCGUGGUCCUCGCCAACUCUUAUGGCAUACCCUUCAAGUUUAACCUCGACAUGGGCACGCUGGACUCAUGCCUGCAGGCUGAGCUCACCCAGAUGAGGAUCGGAGACUUCGUGGUCAUGAUUCUUCAAGGGGGUCGAACUGAGGCACACCAUCCCUACAGCGUGUUCCAUCGAUACGUCCUCAGCUUUGAGGUGCUCGACAAAGAUCACGUCACCCCUGAGCACCUUCGGGCAUUCGAAAAGAUCGAUAGCUGUGCCGGCGAAUUCGUCGAUUCUCAGAGGCGCAGCUUCGAAGAUGUCCAGCACCUGACCUUCGACGACUACAAGAAGCUGCUACCCUUCAGCCGCACCAAUUGGCCGCUGAUCGAGCCUGACCUCCGUCGACAGGUUUUCGAGCUGAUGACCAAGAAGCCUCUCGAUCGACCUGUCCGCGCCGCUUCAUGA